UUCUUUAAUUAGAUUUUUUAAAUUAUCUAAUAGAAAGGAGAUCUUGAUCAAGCUAUUGACAAGAUGGAAGAUGCUUCUAUUUCCUCUAGUCAGAUAAAUCAGGCUCAAGUUCCCAAUUUAAGAGAGAAAGAAGCUAAGAAAAAAAUGACAGAUAAUGAGGUGAUGGAAACACUAAAGACUAUUGUAAAUACAGGAAAUCCACGUGUUACAUAUACUCUCGACAAGAAAGUCGGGUCUGGAGCAUCAGGCACUGUGUUUAUAGCGAAAAAUAAAGAAACUAAUAACAAUGUUGCUAUCAAGUCAAUGGACCUACUUCAGCAGCCCAAGAAAGAAUUGAUACUAACAGAGAUUUUAGUGAUGAAAGAAAACAGACAUCCAAACUUGGUGAACUUUUUAGAUUGUUAUCUGGUGGAUACAAACCUGUGGGUUGUGAUGGAGUAUCUGGAAGGAGGAGCACUGACCGAUGUUGUUGAGGAAACCGUUAUGCGUGAAGGACAGAUGGCUGCAGUUUGUCGUGAAAUCUUGCAGGCUCUAGCCUUUCUCCAUUCUAACCAGAUUAUACAUCGUGACAUAAAAAGUGACAAUGUGCUUCUUGGAAUGGAUGGGAAUGUCAAAGUUACAGACUUUGGUUUCUGUGCCCAGAUAGCACCAGAGGAAAAACGUCAAACGAUGGUUGGUACCCCUUACUGGAUGGCUCCUGAAGUCGUCACACGGAAGCACUAUGGAAACAAAGUGGAUAUCUGGAGCUUGGGGAUUCUUGUUCUAGAAAUGAUUGAUGGAGAACCACCAUACCUGAAUGAACCCCCGUUGAAAGCCCUCUACUUGAUCGCUACAAAUGGCAAGCCAAAAAUAAAAAAUGAGGAAAAACUCUCACCUGAACUGUUUGAUUUUCUUGAGAACUGCCUGGCUGUAGAGGUUGACAAACGAGCAACAGCUGAAGAACUACUUCAGCACAAGUUUCUUGAAAAAGCUGAAAGUCUCUCCACUAUUAUUCCUUUGAUCAAGGCUGCGAAGCAAGUAAAGAAGAAGCAAGGACACUAAAGGUGUAUGUUGUUCUAGGUUUUAGCUCAAGUUUGUUAAAGAUCAAAGUAUGUUUGAUAGAUGUUAUCCACCAUUGUGUACUUGCAUUUCUUAGUGAAUUACAAACAUUGUUACAAAGGAGUUAACAUUAUAUUGAAGAUGAGUAAAGAACAGUAGUUAAAGAUAGUAGUAUUAAAAACCAUGCAUUUUUCAUUGAUUAUACUUUUUACAAAGAUUCUACUAAGAUUUUUAUAAAGUUAGUUGUUAAAAAUGUUUUUAUAGUAUGGUGAACUAGAUAUAGAGUUAGUUUUAUAAGUGGGGAUGCAGAUGUUUUUAGUUUUUAACCAAUCAGAUUGCUGCUGGAGAGUCUUUAACAUUAUUACAGGUUUUUUAAUGCCAUAUCAGAAAAUGACAAUCUGUACUUUGAACGAUGCAGAGUACGAGGUUUUUGUAUAACUUUGCCUGAAGGUUUCCAAAUAAUUUUCCCACAAAUGUGCCUUCUGUAGAUCUUGUAAGUGACUUACAAAAAUAUCGCCUUAUUGGUGAGAAGUUUUAUAUUGGACAGUUGUCCACACAUUCCAUAAGUCAUGUUUUAAUAGUUUUUCAAGAUGUGUAAAAUUAGUUUAUAGUCUGUGUCUUCCUCUAUACAGAAAUCUUGAAGAGAGUUUUGACUGUAAUCAGUACUAAUAAUCAAUCUUUUAAACUACAUUUUAUUACCAAAACUUAGUAGCAAAUGUCACGUUUUGGUUGCGAUCCUAGCCAAAACCUUAUUGAGUACACCUAGUCAGUUACUUUACGUGAAGCUUGGACUUCUUUUCUAGUGGUAAAUGAAUCAGAUGAAAUAUAUGUGAAAUUUAUGUAUAUUAUAAAUAAAUCAAAAGAUAUAGACUUUAUAUAACUUCAGGUAUUUUAUUGUAUAAGGUGGUAUUUCUUGAACAGUUCACAUGGUUUACUUGGAAAUACACCUUAACUGUUAUUUUUAAACAUUGUACUGUAGGCCCUGAGACAUAAUAUUUGUUGUAUGUCUACAUUAUGCAGUAGACACUGUAGCAUUUCAACCAUUUUUUUUCUUCAUAUUCCUCUGGAUAUAUCUUUACCGUAGCUCUCUAUUGGAUGAAGAAUUUUCUAAUUUUCUAAUGACCAUAAGUUGUGACUAAGUAAUAUUUUCAGCAUGAUAAUAAACUUUCACAGAAGUUGUUGAAUAUAUCCUGGGGCUUUUCCAAAAAAUAAAAUGUUCUGUAUUUUCAACUUGUAAAAGAAGUUUCUCUCCAUAUCAUCCCAGAAGUACUCUGUAUUUUCAACUUAUACAAGAAGUUUCUCUCCAUAUCAUCCCAGAAGUACUCUGUAUUUUCAACUUAUACAAGAAGUUUCUCUCCAUAUCAUCCCAGAAGUACUCUGUAUUUUCAACUUAUACAAGAAGUUUCUCUCCAUAUCAUCCCAGAAGUACUCUGUAUUUUCAACUUGUAAAAGAAGUUUAUCUCUAUAUCAUCCCAAAAGUACUUUGUAUUUUCAACUUGUAAAAGAAGUUUCUCUCCAUAUCAUCCCAGAAGUACUCUGUAUUUUCAACUUGUAAAAGAAGUUUCUCUCCAUAUCAUCCCAGAAUACUCUGUAUUUUC